UGACAUUUGUAUUAUUGCGACAAUUAUAUUAUUGCCAAGAUGUCGAAACUGAUAUAAUUUUCAAGUCGAAAAUUUGUGUCAACUGUCAACAAGAACGAAGAUCAUUUCGUAGCAUCGAGAAAUCUGAUCUUGAUGUAAUUAUAUCGAUUUUUUCGUCAUAAUCGCCAUUAUAUAAUAAGUUAUUGUACCGAUCAUUUAUAUAAUUAGCGAGGAGAAGAUUAUUGAAUAUCUCAUAUUGAUGAAUAUGAUAAUCGCAAUUUACGACUUUGUAAGCUGUGUGCGUCGCAUGAUGGAAAAGUUUAGAGCAAUUAAAACCGAGAGGAAGACAUCCUUAGGCAAAGAUUGGCACGGUUCGUGUUUACGCUGCGAGAAAUGCAAUAAGACCCUAACACCCGGAGGUCAUGCCGAGCACGAAGGGAAACCCUACUGCAAUCACCCUUGCUAUGCAGCCCUGUUCGGUCCAGGAGGUUUUGGACGUGGCGGUGCUGAAAGUUACAUUUACAAUAAAUAAUGCAGUAAAUAUAAAGGGAAUAAUAUUUUUUGUUUAAGUUAAGAUACACAAUAUUGUACAAUUUUGAACGCAAGAAGUGCGGUUAAAUAUAAGAUAAUUUUAUUAU